AUGUCUCUCGGUUCCUUGUACCAACCUUUGUUCUAUCCGGAAAACACACAUGGUUCUACAUCACAGUACUGGACCAGCCAGCCAAUCGAGGCCUGCAGGUCCCAAGCACUUGCGCCGCCGCCGCCCCAAGGGGUUCCAACGGUUCCGGCGGCGUCUCCCGUCGCGUCCGCCUCGGUGCGCACGCCGAGGUGGGACACAUGGAGCCCCCCGAGAGAGGAGUCGCAAAGCCCGGCCGAGGACCGCGGAGAGGAGGUGUGGGAGCCCGAGGACCUCCGCCGCAUGGGCUACCUCGACUCCAGCGGCAGUUGGCGCUGCCGGUACGAGGGCUGCCGUUCGAACCGCGUCUUCGUGCGCGCCUGCGACCUGAGGAAGCACUUCCGCGGCCACGACAAGUACUUCUUCUGCACCGAGAGGCCCUGCGCCAUCGCCGGCGUCGGCUUCUCGACCAAGAAGGACUACCAGCGGCACAUGGGCUCUCACCAGCCCACCAUCAAGUGCCCGCACCCCGACUGCGGACGCAUCUUCAGCCGCAAAGACAACAUGUCAUCGAAAUGCGGCUAG